UGGUAAAACUGGUUUUGGAAAUAGGUGGUGACCUACUAUCAUACUUAAUAAGAGGACCAGCAGAGCAACUGAACGUAUGUUUCAUACCGCGCAUGGGCAGCUGGCCUAUUAAAGAUAUAGAAGUUUGGGAAGGUAAACGUUCCUCUGUGUGACUGUUAUUGCAUCUUCCUAAGGAUGGCGGCUUUGAGUGAGUUUGGGAUCCGACUGAGCGCGAUGAGCCCUUCAUACCUGCACACUAAUUCAACGAGCCACACCGGGCCCUUUAGUGCUUUUGCAGAGCUUGUUGAUAAUGCUUGUGAUCCAGGGGUUACAGCUAAGCAGCUGUGGAUUGAUGUGUGUGAAAUAAAGAAUAUGAUAUGCCUAACAGUCACGGACAACGGGAAUGGCAUGACUCCCAACAGACUUCAGAAGAUGCUCAGUUUUGGCUUCACAGAAAAGGCUGUAGUCAAGAAUCACCAUCCAAUUGGGAUUUAUGGAAAUGGUUUCAAAUCCGGCUCCAUGAGACUAGGAAAGGAUGCUCUAGUAUUCACUAAGAGCGGAGGUGCUAUGACUGUAGGGCUUCUGUCACAGACCUACCUGGAGGCUAUUGGUGCCAAUGCUAUUGUCAUCCCUACUGUGCCUUUCAACCAGCAGACACAGGAAAUAAUUGUGACUGAGGACUCUGUCCCCAGCUUGGAAGCGAUCUUGAAGCAUACUUUCUUUAAAACAAAGGAGGAAGUACUGGAAGAGUUUAAUGCAAUACCUAAUAAAAAAGGUACACGGAUUAUUAUAUGGAAUUUGAGAAGGAAUAAAAAUGACACAGCAGAAUUGGAUUUUACAAUGGACAAGCAUGACAUUAGAAUCCCAAGUAUUGGAGCUGAUGAAAAUGGAAGAAAAGGCCCUCGCAAACUAGAGAAGCACGAUCCAUUUCACACAGAGAACAGCAUCCGUCUUUGCUCUCUUCGGGACUACUUGAGCAUCUUGUAUUUGAAGCCUCGCAUGCAGAUCAUCCUUCGGCAGAAAAAGCCUAGUAACAUUGGUAAUGGUGUUGGAGUGAUUGGGGUUGUCGAAUGUAACUUCCUGAAUCCAGCCCACAAUAAGCAGGACUUUGAAUACAGUAAAGAAUUCAGGUUGACCAUGAUUAAUUUGGGUCUCAAGCUGAAUGAGUACUGGAAAGAUAAGAAAUGUACUAAGAAGCAAGUAAUGCAAGACAGCACAGGUGAUCAUGAAGUUACUAGGUAAGUU